UUUCUUUGAUUAGUAAGAACUGCCAGGUGACGCUUCAUAAAAUAUAAAUGCAACAAAGUCUGAGAGAGCUCAAUAAAACCUUCCACCCUUCAGUCUUGGAGGACAAGAGCAAGAAAGUGAAGCAACUGCAGGAAAUGGCUUUGGAAGUUCCCAUAUCCGUUUAUCUUUUAUUCAAUGCAAUGACGGUGCUGGCUGAAGAGGCAGCUGCCACCUUGACACCUGCAGCCACAGCCCCGCAAACCAACGGGACCGUUAACAAAACUGAAGCCAACGACACGGAAGGGCCCAUAGCCUUGAGGUUCUCACACCCUUGCCUGGAAGACCAUAACAGUUACUGCAUCAAUGGUGUUUGUGCCUUCCACCGUGAACUAGCCAAAGCCAUCUGCAGGUGCUUUACUGGCUAUACUGGAGAAAGGUGUGAGCACCUGACGUUAACUUCAUAUGCUGUAGAUUCUCUGGAGAAGUACAUUGCGGUUGGGGUUGGAGUGGGAUUACUCCUAAGUGGUUUUCUUGCUGUUGUUUACUGCUACAUAAGAAAAAGGUGUCUAAAAACGAAAUCGCCUUACAACAUCUGUCCUGGAGGUAGACCGCUGUGAGGCCCCUUCAGGAGUGUCCAUCAAGGCAUUUGUAAAACUCAGUGGGUUCAAAACUGAAAUCUUCUGAUGAAGGAACAAAACUUGCAAAGCUAACUAGAUCAUAAUGGACGCUGCUAUCAGGAUGAAUUGAGACGGUAAAGGGGCCAUCCCUGGGUUGCAACGGCAGCCCAGGAACAAGUGACAGUGACAGGAAUCAAAUCCAAGGUCCUACUCUGGGUUUGUCGUUGAGUGGUGAUUGUCCUUACUGCAGAAAGACUGAGUCGGGCUUCUGACUGUGUCAGACGUGAGUUUUCACAGGAAUAAUUAUCAGACAUACAGCAAGCCAAAGUAACCUGAGCGUGGGUUCUUGGGCUGCCUGCUACCCGCCUCCCGGACUACCUGGAUGGGGCCUCUGUAAGCCCAAAUCCCAACCAUGCUGCCUUCAUGGUGUCUUUCCAAGAACGUGAUGUCCAUUUCAGGAUGAAAUCAGUGUUAUGGCACGUCCAUGGAAGCCAACGUGUGGUCUAAGCCAUGGAGAGGAAGAUGGACUGUCCAGGACGAAUGCGGAUCCUGCCCAGCUGUGACUGGGCAGACUUUAUCUGUGAAAUACGGAAUAAGAUAAAGAGUUUCUGAGGACUGAAAGCUGUCUGGACAUCAAGUCCCAAGGAGGGAAAGCAUUUCUGUUUCUGGGUGGAUUACAAAAGAUUUGUGUUGGGCUCACUGCUUUUCCUCAUCCCUUCCUCCAGUUUAUCAGUGGAAUUACCUGGUCACCAUUCAUUUGGACCAAACUCAAAGAAUUCUCCUACUAAAUAAAAAUCUACAAUUGGUCCUGAAGUAGACAUUGAAGAACUGGACAGAGGAAUUUGUGCACCAGCCUACAGCACGUGGAAACUUUCUUUACCUUUUCUCAACAUGUGAUAGCAGAUUUGCACAUAGAAGAAGUGAAGCAGUGGUUGAAAUAACUCUUUAGGAAUCAAUGUUCUUCCUCUUUAAUUAUAGUUCUGCCACACAAUA